AACAGUCCCGUGAACGCCGCCCACUGAAACCUAAAGGCAGUACUGAACGCAAAGGGGAUGAGCUAAAUCAGCCAACGCCAACUCAAACUCUCUAAAGACUAGUUUAGUUGUUUCCUCAGUGUCAGGUUAACGGGUAGCUUACCUAGCUGGUGACCUCGUAUAUUAAUACCAAGACGGUAUGCUCUCAAAAAAAGCCCAAUUUCAGUGGUUGUUUAUUUCGCGGCGUGGGUAAAUAGAGUAGUUGUUGUUGUGGCCUGCUACACCGUAGCUUAGCUAAAACUAGCUGUAGCACCAGCUGGUUCCUGGAGAUUUAUUUCGGCAUCACAUCACCGAAACGACAAAAGAGGGAAAUGGUACACCUUUCCAGCUAAAGCCAGAAGACCGAGUUGUCGCUAUAAAGGCAAGUAGUGGUUUUGGACAGGGAUCAGCAAGUUGUCCCCCAGCUAUGAGAGCCUCUAAUCAGUGAUUGACAUCUCACAACAAUGGAGCUGUACUGGUACAUAGUUGUCAUCAUAUUUAUCAUCAUCAAGAUAUUCUUCUAUGUGUGCUGGUACCGAUCAAGACAAAGGCAACUGGCAGCAUACCUGAGCAACCCACGCAAUGCUCAAAUAGUCAUUGUUGGAGGAAGGGCCUACCUUCAUCAGAUGUGUGAGAGGCAGAGCCAAACCUCUGUCUGGCCUAGUUGGUAUGGUGUCCAGGAUGACCUGUCAAUAGAAGAGCCCUCCACAGCCCUGCCACCAGCUGCAUCCUUCUCCCACUUGGAUAUGCCACCACCAUAUGAGGCAGUCUCUGGAGAGGAUGAUCUGAAGCCCCCUCCCUACAGCGAGUGUGCUCAUGGCGGUGAGGCUGCCACUCCCUGUCUCUCCCAGCAGACCAUCCUCAUUCCUGAGGGAGGAGACUCCGUCAGCGUAAACGAAGCCCCACCCCCUUACACACCGUCUCCCCCCACACAAGUCAGUCAGCAAGACGGCUCUGUAAGCCACAGUGAGUCCCAGCCAGAGAGCAGGUCCACCUAACCAAUCCCUGAUGCCAGUUUGCCUUUUCCAUGCACUGCCUUCCUACAUCCAACCUCAGCAAUCGUUGCCAGCCUAACUCUCAUCACAUGAGAGCAGAUGUUUAUUUGGGUGCAAGUCUGUGUGUGUGUGUGUGUGUAUGUGUGUAUGCUUGCGUACUUGGUGGUUUUUAGAGCUAAGUUGAUUUUCUAUUUUGUAUUGUUUAAAAAGUGGUCAUCUGAUAAGUUUGGCAAUGACAUCAGCAAGCCUGUGUGCCUCAGUCAGGACCGCAGAUCCUGCCUCCCAGCAAGGAUAAGGAUAAUACCCUUGACCUCUAAUCUCAGAGGGAGUCAGUGAGGUACAGAUAAGCAGAGAGAAAGAUACUUUCAAGAGUGUUCUGUUUUCUGCAUUUUCUCUGUCUGAGCCCACUUCUUUUCACAGAUCUAAAACAACUGACUCAUUCUAAAAGCUCAAUUGGGGAAAUGAGAAGUUUGUUGACAGCUUUUUGUUCCUGCUAAUGUGAUACAUUAUAUGUUCGACAUUACUUUGUCUGUGUGUGUUCUGAACCAAGGUUGUCAUAGUUAACUAAAACUAGGUGUGAAACAACAUUUUAGUUAACUGAAAUAAAAACCUAAGACAAAAAACUAACUGUAACCAUACUGUGCACUUACCAAACAAAAUGAAAUAAAAAUAUACAGGGAAUGUCUUUAGUUUUAGUCUUUGUCACUUUGGUCAAAUUUUUCAGCACAAGCACGCGGAGGCAUCGGUGCACAUGUUAAACUAAUAAAAAUUACCUGAGAAAACCCACUGUGGAAACUAACUGAAAUUAAACCGAAUUGAAAACCAAAAUUAAAAACUAAAUAAUACUAGAAACCAAUGAAAAAUGUAAAACCAUAAUUGAAGACAGUAACAGUCUGUGAAAUUCAUAGUGUAGACAGUCCAAUUAGAUUUCCUGGUAAUUUGCUGCAUACAUGUGCAUAUUAAAUAAAUUGUGUUUCAACUUCUUCAAAGUGUUAUUACUCUCGAUGCUUCAUUAAUGCUGCACAUCAACACACGUGUUAUUUGAAGACAAAGUAUGUCGACAGAGAACUAUUUGAUAAUGAAUGCUCUAAUUGCUUUAAGUAAUGACUUCAUUAGCAUAACUGCUUCUGUUUAAUGUAUCAUGGUGAUUAUUCUGACACAUUUAGGCAAUUCAAGUGCCUAUUAGAUCUGUGGAUGGAAGUGAGUGACUUUAUGGAAGUAGAAAAGAUGUUUUCUGUUUUAUCACCUCUACUGCUGGGUUCUGUGUGUUGCUGCUUUACAUUAGCACCUAUAUGCCAGAAAGCAAGAGUCCGUCUGUGCAAAUAGUAUAAACACGAGUUUUGUUAUUUCUGUGUUUAAUAAAAAAAAGUUGUGGGAUCGGGAAAAAAAGUCCUCAGAACUAUGAGGAAAAAUGUAUGCUUCGUCCCAUAAUACACAUGAAAACACAUUUUCUCACGUGGUAGAUCCAGCUAUAAGAUAAUCGGACUUGAUGUUAAGAAUUGUAAUGUUGAGCUGAAGGCUUAAUUGAUAUAAUAUUGAAUGAAACAAGUGCAACAAUCCCAAAUAAAAAUACGCACAAGGCUGUGAGCUAAAGCUCAAAAUCGUUGAUGAAGCUGAGCUGAACGCUGCAUUUAAUGCAGUUGCUAAAAAAAAAUCAACAAAACUCAGUUAUUUUUAUUUUUUUCCUUCAUAAUUGUUGCAAUGAGACUAACCAAAAAAUGUUUAACAACGGCUUCUGUUCCUUGUAAUCUUCAUGUCAAUCUACCACAGGCUGGUAGAGGUUCGCAGAUUUUGUGUAUUUCUUCUGUUUGUAUUUUCUGGUAUAGUGUUGCUUGGGGGAAAGAUCAUGACUCUGCUUUUUGCUUUUUGUAUCACGCAUUUCAGAUAAUCCGGAAAUAACACUGUAAGAAAAUGCUCCCCAAUGAUCCACCUCCCGUGUUUGUUUCAGCAACAAUGUAAUCUGUGUACAGUUUCUGAACAUUACAAAACAUGAGAGCAAGAAACACAAAAUGAAUGCUGUAUAAAUAUAUUCUGGGAAAGUGCGUAAAAGUGGAUCUUCGUGCAGGAUCAGAAUUUAAAAAGUGUUUUAAUGAUAAUCCUUCGUAUUGUGAUGACAAAUCGUGGAGCAUCUUUCACUGAUGCCUUUAAAAAAAAGUCUUUCCUGUGAUUCUACAGUCUGAAGGAUGCAACAGAGAAGCUGCAGUGUACAGAUCUGAACUCGUUCACUAACGUAGCAGCAGCACGAUGAGGAUCAAAUACUUGUUACAGUCCUCUACUGUAACGUACGUCCUGUCUGUUAACUUCAUGUUCAUUCCCAUGAUGGUUGACAUCAGAUCUCUCCAGUCAGUAGCUUUGUGAUUUGAGGGGAAUUUAAUUAAUUUUAUUAUUUUUAUUUUUUUUCUGUUUUGGGGUAAAUACAUCUUCUGUAUUAAACUGUUGUUUAUAAUCUU